GGUGCACCCUGUAUGCGAACACGAUGUGCAUGAGUCACCUUGUGCCAUGAGACUCGCUGCUUUAACUAAACCGCUGCUGUUGCGCGUAAAUAAAAACAGAUGCCGGUUUUAUGCAACAAGUAUUGAGACCGAAGAAUACACACUCGACACCAGAGAGUAUUUAGAUUUUAAGAAACAAUUGCGACAGCAAAAUGUAUACAACAAAGAUGGACACACGUGCCUCCAAUUGGAAUGCCGGCUAUGUGAGCGCAACAACAAAUUUGUGCCGGUCGCAGCAGCAACAUUGCGUGCACAAGCGCCACAAGCUUACAUAAACAAACGAACGGGUGCGUUCAUUUGUCCCAAUUGCGAUGUCAAAACAUCAAUUGCACACGCUCUGGCGGCAUAUCAGACUCCGACGCCUGUAGGCUAUAAACGGGCUCUAAUGAAGCCUGUGGAUUACAAAUCUAGAUUUCCAAAUCUCAGCAAUGUGACAUCGGAGGCUUGUGAAGCACUGGGGCUAAGGGGUUUGAAGGAGGCGCAGUUGAAUGCCAUUGGGGCACAGUACGAUGCCGAGCAGCAGCUUCUGCACUUUAAGCUGCGCAAUGUGGCCGAUAAGGUCGUCGGGGAGAAGGUGCUGCAUCUGGGCGAUCGGAGUGAGCAGACUUUCCAAGGCAGCUGCAGUUCGGGACUGCUUAUACACGGCACCGGCAGCGGGAACAAGAACAAAGCCGUGCUCGUCAGCAAUCUGCUCGACUUUAUUGUGCUGGCCACGCAGAACCUGGAGACGCAUUGCAUUAUAUGUUUACCGUAUGCGCUGCAACUGCUGCCACAGGAAUGUCUGCCUGGCCUGGAGCGUUUCAAGGAGCUGGUGUUCUGGCUGCACUACGAUGCCACCCACAAUUGGGAUGCAGCACGCGCCCUGGCCCAGAAAAUGGAUGAGAAACGUUGCCUGUUGAUACGACCAACGGAUACGGAACCGGCGCCGCAUGUGGCACUCCGGAAACGCCUCAAUGUGCGACACAUAUUAGCAAAAGCUACUCCAGUCAGACAUAAAUCCAUAACCACCUUUAAUGCCCUGCGCAACGACAUCUUGAGUGAGCUGCAAAACAUUGAAAAGGUCAAUGGUGUGAAGUGGAAGCGGUUUCCAGUGCUUAACAAGCUGUUGAAGGGACAUCGCAAGGGUGAACUAACCAUAUUAACUGGACCCACAGGCAGUGGGAAGACAACCUUCACCAGCGAAUACUCUCUCGAUCUGGCCAUGCAAGGCGUUACCACGCUCUGGGGAUCCUUUGAGAUAAGGAACACACGACUGGCGGCGACACUUCUCCGUCAAUUUGUUGGCUAUCCGCUUGAUGAUAAGCUGCAGGAGUUUGAUCACUGGGCCACCGAAUUCGAGCGUCUUCCCAUGUAUUUUAUGACCUUCCAUGGCCAGCAGCCGCUCAAGCCGGUGCUAGAGGCCAUUGAGCAUGCUCAGUAUGUGCAUGACAUUGCCCAUGUCAUUAUUGACAAUUUGCAGUUUAUGAUGGGCGUCUCAUCAUAUCGCGGCGAUAAGUUUUGGGAGCAGGAUGCGAUUAUAGCGGCGUUUCGGGGCUUUGCCACCAAGCAUAAUGUACACGUCACACUGGUGAUGCAUCCUCGCAAGGAACGGCAGGAGGAUGAGCUAACAACGAGCUCGGUUUUUGGCACUGCCAAAGCGACACAAGAGGCGGACAAUGUCCUCAUCAUACAGGACAAACGUCUGACAUCGGUACGUGGCAAGAAGUAUCUGCAAAUUGCCAAGAAUCGCUAUAGCGGUGACUUGGGCAUAAUGCCCCUAGAGUUUGACAAGGAUGCGCUCAGUUACUCCAGUUCGGUGCAGAGCGCCAAGCGGAAGCGUGACCGUGAAAAGAUCACAUCAAACGCUGCUUGACUGUAGUUACAUUAUAUAAUAUUUUAAUUUUAUUUUAAUUAUUUAACUACAGUGCUUUGAGGUAAAUGUACUAUGCUAAGCUUAAAUGUUGAAAUAUGUUGUUAAUGCUUAUUAUUAUAAAAGACAAUUGUUGCUACGUUGCGCUCUGUUUAUAA